CAGUAUUAGUUGAGUCAAUGAAUAAAUCUGUUGAUCCAUGUGAAGACUUUUAUCAAUUUGCUUGUGGAAAUUUCGGAAAAUUUCACAAUAUAACAGAAAUGGCCUUUUCAAAAAAUCGGUUUAUCGAAGCACAUAUUACUACGUUAGAACAUAUUAGAGAUUUUUUGAAAAGAGAUUAUACUGACAAUGAACCUUCUUUCCUAUCGAAAUCCAGACUUUUGUAUCGUUCUUGCAUCAUGGAAUUUACUGAUGGAACGAACACAUACACACCUAAACCAUUAGUUCAGGUUUUAGACAAAAUUGGUUUGUCGUUCAAGGUUAUUACUAAUAGGCAAGAAGCUUCAAGUCUCUCGACAAUUUUAGCUAGAUUAAAAAUGCAAAUCAACUCAGACUAUUUGUUCGUAACAAAUGUUAACUCUGAUACAAAAAAUCAAACAGUUAAUCGAAUAAGUCUGGGUAAACCAAGUGAUACAAAUAUAUUUUCACUUCACAAAAUAACAGAAAAUAUUAAGAAAAUAAGUCCAAGGAUAAUGCAUGAAACUCUAGAUACAAAAAUAAAAGGAGACAUAAAUAAUGAUAUUAAAAACAAAUAUAAUACAUAUAAUACAUUUAUUAGUUUUGUAAUGUGCAAAAUUUAUAAAUUACAAUCAAAUCGUUGUAAAAUGUAUAAACCAAUUCUUAAAACUAAAAAAAUAUCUCAAAUAUCAAGUUUCGAAGAAGAAUAUUCAAAAAUAAUAAAUAAAAUAUAUGAUAGUGAUGCUGACCUUCCAUCAGUUAUGACAGUUGAUGAAUUACAAAAUUUUACAAAUAAUGUUACGCAGAAUUUCACUAAGCCAAACGAGAAAAUUAUUGAUUGGAAAGAAUACCUUACAAUUUUAUUUGUGGACGCGGAGGAUGUAAAAUUGGAUUUUGAAACUGAUAUAAUUCAAUUAUCUAAUAUUGAAUACUUUGAAGCUUUGUUCAAAUUAAUCAGUAAACAUAAAGAUCAGUUUAUCAUCAAUAUAUGGUGGGAAGUGGUUGGCACUCUUUUUCCAUUCACUACAAAUGAAAUGCGAUUUAUGCUAGAUAAAUUCUCCUCUGAAGCAACUGGAUUAGAAAAUGAUGCUUUAAGAUCACUUAGUUGUGCAUAUUUAGUAAACUCAAUGAUGGGGCUGGCUAUUUCUCAUGUUUUUCUAGCCAUGAAACCAAUAUAUAAUAAUAUGAGCAUGGUGGCUGAAAUGCUUAAAAAUAUUCAUUGGGCUUUCAAAAAAAUAGUUGAAGAGUUAAAUUGGAUGGACGAUACGACAAAACAAAGGACACUAUACAAAGCAGAGAAAAUGAGAACGAUAAUUGGCUUUCCUGAAUUCAUAAAUGACUCGAAAAAACUCGAUGAUUACUACUCUGAAUUUGAAGUAGUAGAAGAUGACUUCUUUGGCAACAUUGAACGUUGUGCUACGAAAGACUUGAAAAACACUUUUUCAAAAAAGAAGCAAUUAAAUGAUUACAUAAUAGACAAGGCACCAAAUUUUUUAGAAGUUAAUGCGUACAACGCAAUCAAGUUAAAUGCAAUAGUCGUUCCAGCUGGUAUAUUACAAUUUCCUUUCAUUGGACAUGAUUUACAAAUGCUCAACUAUGGUUUUUUUGGUUUCCUACUGGGUCAUGAACUGACACAUGGUUUUGACAAUAUUGGCCGAAAGUUCGAUCAAGAUGGAAAUGAAAAUAUAUCGUGGACUAAUGAAACUAUCGAGGAGUAUGAAAAACGCACCGAUUGUUUCAUCCAGCACUAUGAUUCUUAUUUAAUACCUGGAUUAAAAAAAAAGAUGAGUGGGAAAAAAACAUUAAAUGAAAAUAUUGCUGAUAAUGGUGGAUUGAGGGAAGCAUUGUGGGCUUAUAGAAAAUUUGUAAAUGAUAAUGGCAAAGAACCUAAACUACCAGGAUUUGAACAGUACAGUAAUGAACAAAUGUAUUAUUUAUCUUUUGCAAAUAAUUUUUGUGAAGAACCAACACCUGAUUCGUUAUCAAAGAGCAGAUUAGAUGUUCACAGUCCAAAUAGCAUACGAGUGAUUGCAGGACUAACCAAUUCAGAUGAAUUUAGCGAAGUAUGGAAUUGUAAAAAAGGUUCCAAAAUGAAUCCAGAAAAUGAAAAAUGUAAAAUAUGGUGAUAUUUAUAGACAUUUAUUGUUUUAAUUUAAUAAUAUUAU